UCUCUUGCAACAGAGGAUGGUUUUGCUUUCACGGCAGGAAAUCUUUGUAAUAUCCUAGAUAGCUGUUAAGCAACUAGUUCAAGUUAUCAGUACAGCCAAAGGAAUUGAAGCUUUUCAUCCUACUCAGCUGCUGAAGAUUAACUGCUGCAUUAUGAUCGGGGUGAGUACAACCCUUAGCCAGAUGGCCACCGUGAACGCUUCCAUGUCAAAUUCCACUACAAGUCCCUCUGCUAGCCUUGGUAUUGCCAUUCUUUCAUUGGCUCUUGUCCUCGGUGUCCCUGGCAAUGCAUUUGUCAUCUGGACUGUAUUGACUCAAGUGAAGAAACGCACUGUAACCUGCAUCCUCAUAUUACAUUUGGCUGUUGCGGACCUGGUAGUGAUCCUUACAGCACCUAUAUUCAUCAAUUUUCUGUCCACAGGCAGCUGGGCAUUUGGGAACGUAAUUUGUAAAAUAUGUCAUUAUGUUGGCAAUCUGAGCAUGUACGCCAGCAUCUUUUUAAUCACCUUCAUGAGUUUAGACCGUUUCCUUGCUGUGGCCAAACCGUUUACUUCUCAUAAGGUCAGAACAAAGCCAGUUGUUCGAAGCAUAGUAUUCUCUAUCUGGAUAUUAGCAACACUGUUUGCCAUUCCAAUGCCAAUAUACCGCUCAGUAGAAACCAUAAACAACCGUCAAUUGUGUACCACUGUCCGAGGUGUGGGAAAUGGGGUAAAACACCAUAUGGUCUUUCAGUUUACAUUCGAGACGCUGAUAGGGUUUAUUAUCCCUUUCACAAUCAUCCUUUCCUGCUAUAUAUACAUUGGAAUAAGGUUACAAAGUGCUAAAUUUCAAACGAAGCAUAAGACAAGCCGUGUGGUCAUCAUGAUCAUAAUAACAUUUGCCCUUUUUUGGCUUCCAUACCACGUGGUGAAUAUGUUGCAGGUGUCAGGAGAAUUGUCUUUAUCGGAAAGGCUAAGAAAAGCAUCUCUAUUUGCUCGUCCGAAUGCCACAGCCCUUGCAUUUCUCAGUAGCAGCAUUAACCCCAUUUUGUAUGUGUUUGCUGGUGGCAACUACAUCAGGACAGCUGGAUUUGGAUUCAUGGCAAGGCUCUUUGAAGCAUCUGGCUCAGAGGCUAACAGUAUACGAAAAGUUUCUCAAGUCUUUCAACAAAGAAGUAGAAAGCAAUCUGCAGAACAAGGGAAACUAAAGGAAACUGUAGAGGAUUAAGCAUGGCUAACUGGCCACAAAUGGGAACAUUUUUAAUAAUUACACUUUGAUAUACAAAAAUCACUAUAUUACCAGAGGUCCAUUACCGGAGGCAUAGUGUAUAGCAAAUUUGGGAAACGGAUGCAAACAUUUCAUAUGACCUCAAGAAUUUCGUCACUAGAGGCGAAGACAACACCCCCUGCUAGGAGGACCUCUUUUACAGAGAUAAUUUUGAUAUUUUACUCAUCCUAUUGGCAAAAAUAUUUUGCUAAUGUGUACCCACCUGGUCCUACAAGCUUCAGACAGACACAACUAAGCAGCAAUGAUUGGAUCAAUGACUCUAGUCCAGGGGUAGACAACAUUAGAGAGGUAAUGAUCUAUCUGAACAACAUGGAAGAAGAACAAAAAUCACUGCACUACUGCCCACCCAUUUGCACCCAUUCAAGUGAGAUGCAACAUGUACAUGCAAAGUGCUAGUGCGAGGUCCAAGGGGUUAAAGCAGGUGGUGGGAAGGUAAUAAAAUGCUUUCUUACCACCUGCAUUAACCCCUUGGCCGCUGUACUGCACACAGUUGCAGGACACUUGCAGAGCAGCCCCAUUAACUUGAUUGGGUCAAGCUUGGUGGGUGCUACACCUGGCCACUGCAGCUAAAGGGGGGCAGUUGGGUGGCAAUAAAAACAUGGUUCAACUGUGGGGCUUCACUGACCCCCACAAGUGUAAACAAGCCCUUACUGUCCUGAACCCUUAUAAUAGUUCAUGCUCUGUUAUAGAUGGUGUUAUGGCCCUUGAUGACACCAGUGCACUUGAGUUUAGUAUUGUGUGCGGGCUUCACUUUAAAGAUCAAAAUGCGCUAACCUGAACAAAAUAGCUGAGGCAUAAUAGAGGAGAGGAGUCCACUGUCAGUACUCCACAACAAACCAGGGAUCUGCUUUGUCUCUGUCACUUGCAGCUGCUGCUUGUGCUGCUCUGGCCCUAUAAAGAGAUACAAAAGGCAGAGUGAUAUCACUCCACCGGGGUCUGCAGCCAGAAAUAGAGAAGUAGUGUCAGCAAAUGCUUGCUCACACCGCGGGCGGUGUUGGUGGGUUGGCAAACCAAGGACGCUAUCUACCCAUCACCUGGCCAUGAUCCACUGGUAAAUUGCCAUCUGCAAGUUGCUGACCCCCUCUCUAGUCCAACUGCUUAGAGCAUAAACAGGUAUCUCUCCUUUACAUUCUGGACAUAAAGCAUCAAAUGGUGUAAAUGAUACUACAUCUGUAAUUAUGAUACAGCACUGCAUGUUAAUUAAUCUUUGAUUUAUUAAAAAAGAAAAUUGGCAUGUAAUGCCAAAUGAUAAUUUCACAUGUUACCUA